AUGCCCCACUUGGAAAACGUGGUGCUGUGCCGCGAGUCCCAAGUGUCCACGUUGCAGUCCCUGUUCGGAGAGAGACAUCAUUUCAGCUUUCCAUCCAUUUUUAUUUAUGGACAUACUGCCAGUGGAAAGACUUAUGUCACACAAACUUUGUUAAAAACUUUAGAGCUCCCACAUGUCUUUGUGAAUUGUGUUGAAUGUUUUACGUUGAGGCUGCUUUUGGAACAAAUUUUAAACAGGUUGAAUUAUCUUAGUUCUUCAGAGGAUGGAUGUUCUACUCAAAUAACUUGUGACACAUUUAAUGACUUUGUUCGCUUGUUUAAACAAGUAACCAACGCUAAAAGUCUCAAGGAUCAGACUGUAUAUAUUGUUCUAGAUAAAGCAGAGUAUCUAAGAGAUAUGGAAGCGAAUAUUUUGCCUGGGUUUCUUAGGUUACAAGAAUUGACUGAUAGAAAUGUGACCGUUAUCUUUCUCAGUGAAAUUAUUUGGGAAAAAUUCCGUCCAAAUACUGGAUGCUUUGAACCAUUUGUCUUAUACUUCCCUGAUUAUAGCAUAGGGAACCUUCAAAAGAUCCUGUCCCAUGAUCAUCCUCCAGAGUAUUCAGCUGAUUUCUAUGCUGCUUACAUUAAUAUUCUUCUUGGAGUUUUCUACACUGUCUGCCGGGAUUUGAAAGAGCUCAGACAUCUGGCAGUACUUAAUUUUCCUAAAUAUUGUGAACCUGUGGUUAAAGGAGAAGCAAGUGAACGUGAUACUCGCAAACUCUGGAGAAAUAUCGAACCUCAUUUGAAGAAAGCCAUGCAGACUGUUUAUCUCAGGGAAAUAUCAAGUUCACAAUGGGAAAAGCUACAGCAAGAUGACAAAGAUCCUGGACAACUGGAAGGUCUCUCAGCAUAUACUCAUGUGGAACUUCCUUAUUACUCUAAGUUUAUUUUAAUUGCUGCAUACCUUGCUUCAUAUAAUCCAUCAAGAACUGACAAGAGGUUUUUCCUUAAGCAUCAUGGGAAAAUCAAGAAAACCAAUUUUCUAAAGAAACAUGAAAAGACAAGCAAUCAUCUCCUCGGACCAAAACCGUUUCCACUAGAUAGAUUAUUAGCAAUAUUAUAUAGUAUUGUGGACAGCAGAGUUGCUCCAACAGCAAAUAUAUUUUCCCAGAUUACCUCUCUAGUGACCUUGCAGCUAUUAACCCUGGUUGGCCAUGAUGACCAGCUUGAUGGACCAAAAUACAAAUGCACAAUAUCUCUAGACUUCAUCAGAGCUAUCGCUAGGACGGUGAACUUUGACAUAAUAAAAUACUUGUAUGAUUUCUUGUGA